UUGAGAAGGUUAAAGGAAAUGGCUGGCCCUAGAAUCGCUCAUGCUACAUUGAAAGGACCGAGUGUUGUGAAGGAGAUUUGCAUUGCGACAGUGCUGGGACUUGCUGCUGGCAGUGUUUGGAAGAUGCAUCACUGGAAUGAACAGAGAAAAGUUAGGGCCUUUUAUGAUUUGCUUGAGAAAGGUGAGAUUAGUGUUAUUGCGCAAGAAGAGUGAGACUGUUCUUGUUUUGUGCCCAAUGGGGUCUCCUUUUUUCCCCUUUCACUAUUUUCAAUUGGCUCUUGGAAUUAAGAUGAGCUGAAUUUGUCUAUCAGACUCAAAGAAAUAAGUUUCUUGGACUGGAAUUUUGAUUUAUAUUAUUGUUGCCUUUUAGAGUUUU